ACCACUAUAAUAAGCGGAGACGUGAUGCUCCGGGGCGAAUCCCUGUCGACGUCACUCCCAGUCCUUUAUAAAUACGCCGAGCAGCUCCUCUCAUCAGACUAAAGCAAAACCGCUUUUUCGGCUACAACAAGUCUUCAAACAAAGGAUUAUUGGAUCGACAUCGUUGGAUUUUAAUCGCCAGCACCGGAUGCCAUUGAACUUGGGGAUCCGACAUUUACGCACGGCACAUGUGUCCACAGAUCACCAGAAGGAGCGCAAUGACUUUGAACAAGGGUGACAAGUUGCGGAACAUGGACAAGAGGAGAGGAAGCGUGCCGUUCCCCAUGAAUCUGCCCAACCUGCACCGGAGGAGCAUGCCCGUGGACGACCGGGACCUGCGCGCCACGAUGCCCCAGACCGGAAAGACCGACGAGCUGUCCAACCUCCUGCGCUGCACGUCCUACUCCCCGACCGAGCAGCACCGGGGCAGCUGCGCCUCGGACUCCUCCGACUCCGUGAUCUCCACCGGCAGCGAGACCGAGUCCCAGGUGUACAAGGUGGUUCUCCUCGGGGAGCACGGCGUCGGCAAGUCCAGCCUGGCGCGCGUCUUCGGGGGAGUCGAGGAUGCUGGUCACGACUGCGAUGAAGCAGGAAACACUUAUGACAGAUCCAUUGUGGUUGACGAUGAGGAUGCAUCCAUUGUGUUGUAUGACAUCUGGGAACAGGACAACAGCCAGUGGCUGAAGGAACAGUGCAUGAGGAUGGGAGAUGCCUACAUCAUUGUGUAUUCGGUGACAGACAAAUCAAGCUUUGAGAAGGCGUCAGAGCUGCGGAUCCAGCUGCGCCGGGCCAGGCAGUCGGAGAACAUUCCCAUAAUCCUCGUGGGCAACAAGAGUGACCUGGUGCGGUCCAGAGAGGUGUCUGUGGAUGAGGGAAGCGCGUGUGCCGUGGUGUUCGACUGCAAGUUCAUUGAGACGUCCGCGUCGCUUCACCACAACGUGCAGGACCUUUUCGAGGGCAUCGUCAGGCAGAUCCGCUUGAGGAAAGACAGCAAGGAGGAGAACGCACGGCGCAUGGCCAACUGCAGGCGUAGAGAGAGCAUCGGCAAGAAGGCCAAGCGGUUCCUGGGCCGCAUGGUCGCACGCAAGAACAAGAAGAUGGCUUUUAGGCAGAAGUCAAAGUCCUGCCAUGACCUAACAGUUCUCUGAGGAACAAAUGGGACAGAUGGACACUUUUUUUUCCUUUGGCCUCUGAAGACCAGACGCUGUGUGUGUUUUAACACUAACCCUAAAGGACUAAUAGAGCUGUACAGAAAUAUAUUUUUAUUUUUUAGACACCAAGCAAAGAGAGGACUUAAAUAAUACAACACGGCUGACAUUAUUCAAGUCAUAUCAUGAUAAUGGUGAUAACCUGCAUGAAGCUUUGCAAACGUUUAUUUUGUUUUCUAUUUUUGUCUGCCUUAAACAUAUUGCUGUCAUAAUAUGAUCAGUCUGUAUGAACCACACACAAAGGCUUGUUAUUUCUCAUGACUUUCAAAGUUUGCCUUGCCGUUGGGUUUACUGUUGUGCUCCUUUAUUGGAGGGGAGUGGUGUAUAUAUGUAUAUGAAUGAUGCUGAAUGUAACACAUCUCAUUAUCCUAAAAGACAUGGUAAAGGAUUACAGUACUAGGUCACCGGGAGUCGUAUUUAAUUGAAACGUGGUACGCAGGUUCGUGCCUCGGCCAAGUUACUGAGGAGAAGUCGAAGAUAAGAGAAUACUUCCGUUAUUCUGUGUUGUUCCAUAACAUUGGAUGUAUGAGUAAAGCAAUAAGUUAUAUAAGUCUUGUGAACUUUGACUUUAUUUGGAAUUUUUUUGUUUACGUUGAUUUCCUUUUUAAAUAAAAUGCCAAAUCAAAACAUUAAA